AAAGGCUAGUAUAAGGCUAGUAUAGCCAAUAAACCAGGAAAUCUGGCGUUCUGGAUUUUAUUGCCACCUUAAAACAAUCUGUGGCUAGUCAAUUAUAAUUAUGAUCAUAAUUCUUCAAGUGAGUCAUCCAGCUUCCCAUGGGCCUGUUUUGCAAAUUAAACAGUGCUUUCAAGUGGGGUUUUCUGUUACAGCAAGCCUGGGGAUGCAGUCAGUCCUGAUGAUACCUUAUAACAGACUAAGGAUCAUGAGAAGAAUGCUGGGACCUAACAUCAAAAUUGCUUCUGAGAAGAAAAUGAGAGCAGAGGCAGAGUCACUGGCAGGGGUUGAUAACCUUAAGUCUGAGCUUGUUCCAUUCACCACAUUCCCUGUCAUGGAAGACACACGGUUGAGAUUAAAAACGUUCCCAUGUGCAGCACCCCAUGUGCAGCACCCCAAACCUCUGGGAUAAGAUUGAAAGUAUGCUCAACUUUAAUGAUGAUGCAGAGAGAAGAGUGCACCGACUAACCUGGAGGGAGGAUACCCGAGAAUGAAAUCUGGGUAAAGCUGUGUGGAGACAAGGGAGGAGGGAGCUUCAAGAUGAGUUUUCAAAUAUGCAAUGUUGAUCACCCCAACUCCCCUGUCAACACCUGUGCUUUUUGCGUGUUUGAGGCGCCUGAUAACAUAACAAACCUCAAAAUUGCACUGGAGCGAUUUCAGGAUCAGGUGGACAACCUUCACAAGAGAACAUGGAGAGGAAACACAAUCCGGGUCUUCCUAAGUGGCGACUAUGAGUUCUUGUGCUAUAUGUUUGGGCUGUCAGGUGCUUCAGGUCGACAUAACUGCUUGUGGUGCUUGGUGACAUCGGACCAACUGAAGAACCCUCCCGCCAAUAUUCCGAGCAGAAGUACUGAUAGUAUCGUACAAGAUCACCAGAGAUUUCUUGCAGCUGGAGGGAAACCGAAAAAUGUGAAAAAUUUCAACAACUGCAUCAGAGAACCAUUCUUUAAGGGUAUUCCUUUGAAUCAAUUGCUAGAAGAUGAGUGCCAUGUGCUGGACGUGGCUGUUUGAGAUGAGGAGGAUAGUUGCGACAAGGGGGGCCCCAGUUACUCCAACUAUGUGGGCGACGUUACUAGAGCGAGGAUCCUCAAAGAUGAGAUAGACAGGUUACUAUCCUUACA